GGGUGGUGGAGAGGACAGCCUCAUAGGGUUUCCCAGGACUGGUCAGCUCCAACAUCUCCCAGGCCACCCACCUGGCCCCCAAACUCUCCAGCACCAGAGCCUAGUGAUCCUCCGGCAGCUGGAAAACCCCAGAGGGACCCCUUUGCCCAGCUGAGUUCUGGGAAAUUUCGUGCUAAGUCCCACCAGUCCCGCCUCUGUCCUUCCCUUUCUGGCACUCCACCAACUUCCUCCUGCUUCUGCCGGGUCCUCACCUCCAGCUCAGAUCCUCCCAGCCCUCCCUACUCACACACUCAGCCACGGAUCCCUGAAGAGAGCAGACGAUGUCCACAGGCAUGAGGACGGUAGACCAUGGUGAGGUGGCCCCUGGCGCCCCUCAGCCCACCCGCAUCGACGUGCACAUCCACCAGGAGUCAGCUUUGGCCAAGCUCCUGCUGAGUGGGUGCUCCCUGCUGCGGUCCCCCUCCCAGACCCUGGGCAGCAGGCGGCUGCUGGUGGCCUCCUGGGUGGUGCAGAUCGUGCUGGGGGUGUUCAGUGGGGUCCUGGGAGGAUUCCUCUACUUCUUCUACUCCCCACCGUGUAACUUGGGAGCUGCCAUCUGGACAGGGGUUGUGGCUGUGCUGGCUGGAGCCGUUGCCUUCAUUUAUGAGAAACAGGGUGGCUUCUACUGGGCCCAGCUGAGGACACUGCUCGCCCUGGCAGCUUUCUCCACGGCCACUGCUGCUGUCGUCCUUGGGGCUGAUAAUUUCUAUGAGUAUCGCUUUCAUUUUAGAGACUAUAUCUGUGAUAUCUCUCCCUCGGGAAGCUGGCCCACCAUGCCCCCCCACACUCCGAGUCCAGAAGAAGUCAGAAGGCUGCACCUGUGCCUCUCUUACUUGAACAUGCUAAAGGCCCUGUUCAUAAGCGUUCGGGCCACACUGUUGGGUGUCUGGGUUCUGCUACUUCUGGCAUCUCUGGCCCCCCUGUGUCUGUACUGCUGGAGAAGACUCCGACCUAAGGAGAAAAGAGACCAGAAGAAACUGCUGGGAGUGAGCGAGAUCUAGCCAUGCCUCUCCCGAGGACUCAGGUCUGGAGCUCCUUCUGGACCGGGCGUCCCUGCAUCUGACUCCUGGAAGGAGAACCCGACUGGAGAAAAGCCCCAGUUAUCCUUCUCCCCCAGUCAUGGCCGUGGCCACUGCCCCGCCCCACCAACCGUCAUAGCGGCUCCCACCAUUUCUUGCUCACCUUCACCCACCUGACCCGCUUCAUGUGCCCUCCUGAGCAGUGAUGAUAAUAAAUUCUCAUGUCGGUGCUUCCAGCUUCUUGCUUAGUUAUUCCAGGGAAUUUCUCUUGGCUGAGGGAGGCAGUGGAGAACGAGCCAAUAGCAAACCUACAAAGCUCUUCCCACUCCCAGCCUCCCAUCUAGGACUAGAGUCGCUAGCCCUGAAAAUAGACUCUCUUUGAGGUUGGUCCUGGGACUGUAGGCCCAAAUGCCAGGGUACGAAGGCUGAAGGGAGCUGAGACUCUGAGCCACACCCCUACAAUUACGAUUUAAGAGGGUGAAUGCUUGGCAAUGUGAGAAUUGGAUUUUUUAUUUUGACUGUUUGGAAAUAUUAAAAAGAUAGAUAACAUAACACCAAGAUGCAAUCAUUUUGGAAAUCACUUUUUUAAAGGAAGAAUAUCCAACACUAUGAUGAAAUAAAACCCUGAAUAAUUGUCCCAUGAAAAAGACAUCUAAAACUGCAGGAUAAAAUAUGAGUCAGAUAUUUUUGUAUUCAUGGCUAACCUGAAUAGGCCAUAAUAGAAGUAGGAGCACGAAUUCAGAGAGCUGAGUCUUCAAACCAGUAUCUGCCUGUUUCAGAGUCUCACAACCACCCACACGUCCAGUGCUCCACUAGAAGGACCCACAGGAUCUAGCAUAUAGUUGUACUCAUGGCUAAGUUUUAUUAUGGCAAAAGGAUACACAGCCAUAUCAACAAGGGAAAAAGAUGUAUCAGGUGGACUCUGGAGGAAUCCAGGCACAGGCUUCCUACAUCCUCCCACUGGUGAGGGGCCACACAGUAACAUGUAUGCAGUGUUUCUGCCCAGGAAAGCCCGUUUAAGACUCAGAGCCCAGGGCUUUUAUUGGGGGCUGGACACAUAGACACUCUCUCCGCCUGCACAACCACUGCAAUUCAAGAUUCCCAGAAGAAAAGCAGAUGUCCAUCUGAAACCACACUGUUUGUACAAACAGUCAGGCAAGCUGAUACAGUGGAAUUCAGUGCUCCAGGCACACAAAACAACCUUAUCAGCACAGGAACACUC